UUGUUCAACUGACAAAAGGUGAGACCCCACAACAGAACAAAGGAACACUUGUAAGACUCCGAAUGUCUGAUAAGCUAACUGGCAAUGACUGGUUUGCAAGACUCAGCAAGAUUAACGGCAAUGAAAUUACAAUCCAAGUACAACCUGCAGCUGAUGCCGUUGUUGGCAAAUAUAAACUCUUCAUUGAGACGAUUAAUAAUGAAGGCAGCUACUUCAGAUUUAAGAAUAGAGAAGAACUUGUGAUUCUUUUCAAUCCUUGGUGUGAAGCUGACCAAUGUUUCGUUCCUGACGAGGCCGAAAGACAAGAAUAUAUUCUAAAUGAGACUGGAAGAAUCUGGAUUGGAUCAUCAAAGAAUAAUAGAGGACGACCUUGGCUUUUUGGUCAAGUAAGAUUGUAUUAACAAGUUUUAAUGUUAUGUGACUUGAAAGAGUACCGAUGUUUUUUGCUUCUCAGCCCGUCUGUUAGUGCUCUACUCUAGUCUCAAGAUAAAUUAUAUAAUGAAAGACAU